AUGGCAUCGGCUGAAACAGCAAAAGAUGAACAAACAUUUCCUUGUCGUAUAUGUACGCGAAGAUUUAUAAAAUCAAGUUUGGAGAAACACGAACAAGCUUGCAAAAAAUUGACAAAAAUGCAGCGCAAAGUUUUCGACUCGGGUAAACAAAGAGCAUUAAAUUCAGAUAUACCCAUUAAUGAUGUGAGAAAGGUACAGAAGGAACGAGAGAAGGUAGCUGUUUAG